CACGCUAAAUCUUGUCGCAUCCCUUUGGAACAUAAAUGGUGGAGCCAAGAGGAAGAAGAGGCAAUUGAGUAAUAGGGGAAUAUCCGAAUUUGCGCAGGCACAGAUAACAUUAACAAAUAGCAACAACACAACAACCAUAAGAAAUUCAGCUGAAAAUAAUAAUAAUACGAAAUAUAAAUAGUGAUGGUCGAGUGACGAAGAAUUGAAGUGAUUCAUUUGCCAGUUAGCGAUAGCAUCCAUCAUCCAUGGCAUUCUCCGUCAACACCAUCACUUUUCCCAACAUUAGUCGAGUCAACAGGUUAGAUUACUCUAGCAUACGCAACUAUGAGCAACAAAACAAUCACCUCUUCCGGAGUUCAACUCACUGAAGGCCAAGGAAACUUGCCUAAACUUGUUCUUACUUCACCCUCUGGUAGUGAGGCUGAGAUAUACUUGUAUGGAGGGUGUGUUACCUCUUGGAAACUUCCCGCUGGCAAGGACCUUCUUUUUGUUCGCCCAGAUGCUGUUUUCAAUAAGAAGAAACCAAUCAGUGGAGGUAUCCCACAUUGUUUUCCUCAGUUUGGUCCUGGCUCAAUUCAGCAGCAUGGAUUUGCACGGAAUAUGGAUUGGACCGUUGCUGAUUCUGAAAAUGUGGAGGGAGAUCCUGCUGUUACUCUGGAACUGAAGGAUGAUUCCUAUAGUCGCGCUAUGUGGGAUUUCGGUUUCCAUGCCUUAUUCAAGGUCACACUUAAUUCUAAGAGUCUUUCGACUGAGUUAAAAGUUAAAAAUACAGACAACAAGGCAUUUUCAUUUACUACUGCCCUGCACACGUAUUUUAGUGCUUCUGUGAGUGGUGCAUCAGUAAAGGGAUUGAAAGGAUGCAAAACACUGAACAAAGAUCCAGAUCCUAAAAAUCCAGUGGAGGGUACAGAAGAAAGGGAUGUGGUCACUUUCCCGGCAUUUGUAGAUUGCAUUUAUCUUGGAGCUCCUGAUGAGUUACAACUUGACAAUGGCUUGGGUGAUUUAAUAUCUGUCAAGAAUACAAAUUGGUCAGAUGCUGUGUUGUGGAAUCCACAUCUUCAAAUGGAAGCGUGUUACAAAGAUUUUGUUUGUGUUGAAAAUGCUAAGAUUGAAAGGGUCCAGCUAGAGCCAGAGCAAACUUGGACAGCUGUGCAGCAUCUUAGCAUUGCUUGAACCGCAACUGAGCUUCUUUAUUGUUAAAUAUUUUUUGUCUUGAUUUGUAAACAAUACCUUAUGUAUUAAUAAUUUCCCGAGCUACUAAGAGUGUAACUGGUGGUGAGGAGUUUAUGUAGUUUUGAGAGAGGUCAUGUCUCAAAAAAGAAAAAUCUCAUUGCAUCUGUAACAUCUUUGUGAUGAAAAUAAAAGAUAAGAUAAUUUUUCUUUCCACAAGAUGGAAAACUA